AGCCAAGUUGCCUGUAGGAGCUCCGUGCCUGGGAAAGCUUCCCUCAGAACUGGCUCGCUGGCUGUGCCCGAGUAGAGAGAGGCUGAGCUAGAGAAGACACCGAAAGUUUUUCUGCUCCUUACUCCAGGGGUCAAACGGGACCAGCGGACGGAUACCAUCAGGUCUGAGGCUUUUGCUAUGACCGAAGCCUUCCCACAGAGCCAGGACGUGCCCCUGCAGCCAAAUCAGCAUCAGGUUCCCUUCCUGCCCUCCCGGCCUUUGGCCCCACAUCACCAUGGGCAGCGUCAGCAGCCUCAUCUCAGGCCACAGCUUCCAGGGCAAGCACUGCCGGGCCUCACAGUACAAGCUUCGUAAGUCCUCCCAUCUAAAGAAACUCAACAGGUAUUCAGAUGGGCUGCUGAGAUUUGGCUUCUCCCAGGACUCGGGUCAUGGCAAAUCAAGUUCUAAAAUCGGCAAGAGCGAGGAUUUCUUCUACAUCAAGGUCAGUCAGAAGGCCCGGGGCACCCACCGGACAGACUACACCUCGUUGUCCAGCGGGGAGAUGGGAGGCCAGACUGGGAUGGACUUUGGCACACCCCCAAAGCUUAUGCCUUUCUCCAAUCAGCUGGAACUGGGCUCAGAAAAAAGCAUUGCAAGGCCGACAGCAUUCAAGCCUGUGUUGCCGAGGUCAGGGGCCAUUCUCCACUCUUCCCCCCCAGAAAAUGCCAGCCACCAACUGCACCCGACUCCUCUGGAUAAAGCCAAGGAUCAGGAGCUGAAACCCACCCUGUGCUCAGGGGCACUGUCUGACUCAGGUCGGAACUCUAUGUCCAGCCUCCCCACUCACAGCACCAGCAGCAGCUACCAGCUGGACCCCCUGGUCACCCCCGUGGGGCCCAUCAAUCGCUUUGGGGGCUCCGCCCACAACAUCACCCAGGGUGCCAUGCUCCAGGACAGCAACAUGAUGAGCCUGAAGGCCUUGUCCUUUUCUGAUGGAGGCAACAAGAUUGGCAACCCGAGCAAAGCAGACAAGGCUGCCUGCAUCCGCUCGCCCCUCUCCACGGAUGAGUGUACCAUCCAGGAGCUGGAGCAGAAGCUGCUGGAGAGAGAGGGGGAGCUGCAAAAGCUUCAGUGCAGCCUGGAGGAGAAGGAGCUGGCCUCCAGCCAGGCCUAUGAGGAGAAGCAGCGGCGCUGCCAGGAGGAGCUGGACGGACUGAAGCAGAAAUGCAGCAACAAGCUGAGGCAGGCCUCCCAGAAGAGCCAGCGGAGCCAGCAGGCUCUGCAGCUCCAGGUAUUCCAGCUGCAGCAGGAGAAGAAGCAGCUGCGGGGAGAACUGGAGAACCUCAUGAAGGAGCAAGACCUGCUGGAGACCAAGCUGAGGUCCUACGAGAAGGAGAAGACCAACUUUGCCCCUGCCCUGGAGGAGACCCAGUGGGAGGUGUGCCAGAAGUCAGGUGAGAUCUCCCUCCUGAAGCAGCAGCUGAAGGAGUCCCAGACAGAGGUCAAUGCCAAGGCCAGCGAGAUCCUCAGCCUUAAGGCACAGCUGAAGGACACUCGGGGGAAGCUUGAAGGGAUGGAGCUGAAGACCCAAGACCUGGAAAGCGCCUUACGGACCAAGAGCCUCGAGCUGGAGGUGUGUGAGAAUGAGCUGCAGCGCAAAAAGAACGAGGCGGAGCUGCUGCGGGAGAAGGUUAAUCUGCUGGAGCAGGAACUCCUGGAGCUCCGGACUGAGGCUGUUCUUCUCCGCCAGGAGCGCGGCCGCAGGGGCGAGGCGGAGUGGGAUGGCGCCUGCCCAGGGGCCACUGGCCCAGAGGACAUCCCUGCCUUGCAGAGGGAGCUGGAGAGGCUUCGGGCGGAAUUGAAGGAAGAGCGGCAGGGCCACGACCAGAUGUCCUCCGGCUUCCAACACGAGCGGCUGGUGUGGAGGGAGGAGAAAGAGAAAGUGAUCCAUUAUCAGAAGCAGCUGCAGCAGAGCUACCUGGCCAUGUACCAACGUAAUCAGAGGUUGGAGAAGGCCCUGCAGCAGUUGUCGAGGGGGGAGGGGGGUGCCGAACCCUUGGAGAUUGACAUCCAGGGCGCUGAUGUCCCCUAUGAGGAUAUCAUUGCCACUGAGAUCUGAGGACCCCGGGGUAGGGAGGGGUGGGGAGGCAGAAAAGCUGGACCCAUCCAAGAAAACAUAUCCCUUGCCAUUGCUCAGUUGGGCUAUACUGGGAGAAGCCUUUUCUUCUACACUGUUGGCCAAGUUAUUCCCAUCUCUCCCAUCCCUCUCCCCCAGCUACCAGAGGUAGAAUGUAACUUGCCGAGAAAAGACACGUGAGACUUGAUGCUAUGGUCAAACCCUCACCAAGGUGUCUGUAUCAGUCUGUGUUGAGCUGGUCAUCAUGCCCCUGACAGCCAUCCCAGGAGUAUUAUAGCCAUCCCAACCUCCCCUCUACCUUUAAGGACACCCAGAAUUCUCCUCUUGCCCUGAAAAGAUUUUUUUUUUCUCAUGAAGACACUAAUUUGCCUUGGGAUGGAGAAAAGCCAUUACUGACCAGGAGCCUUGGAACCACACCCUUGCUAGGGAGAAACUUUUUCGGAUAUCCUGAAUUGUUUCUCAUUUAUCAAGAAUAAGUUUCCUCAAUGGUUCCAGAAUUCUUUGAAGUCCAGCAGAUCCUCCUCUUGCCCCCAGAAGAAGACUCAAUAGAAAGAAUGGCUCCAAGAAUGCCAGGGAUAAAGUUGGGAGAGGCCUCAGAGUUUAGGCAAACCUAAGAUGAAAGAGGAAGGUGAUUCAAUCACAGGGAACAGUGAUAGGAAUGGCCAGUCUAUGGCAACACUAAAGCCAGGGGCUCACUCAUGCCAACUCUAGCUCAACUUCCCUGGCCAGGAUGCUACCUGGCCAGAGAAGGUUGUUCUCUCUCCAAAGAUGGCUGCUAAGCUUUGACUUCAGUGACCAGUCUCCCCAAAGCUAUGGAAACCAAGGGACUGGACUUCAGAGAGGAAAAACAAAUUUCAGAGUUUAGUGUCUUCCCAGGGUAUUCUGAAGCAGGGAUUUGUACUGCUUUUCCACCGUCCCAAAAACAGCUACCAAUUUUUUCCAGACAGACCAGGGGAGUGGAUUUCCCUGCUGAUUCCAAGCUAGAAACCUGCUGCCUUUGACCAUUCUUCCAACCAAAGUUGGAAGUAGUCCCUUAGUGUCUAGAAUCAUUGAUGAUCACCACCAUUUCCCAUGUAACUGCUGGGGUUUUUUUCUUGACUCUUCAUCCCCGGCCUUAUUCAUUCUCCCACACCCAACCCAGCCCAAUUGUUGGGUGGUAUCUUUAGUGCCAAUUCUUAACAAGUUUCAGUACCACGCCCAAAAUACCAUUGGGCCAGUGAUACUGGAGCUGAAGAUGGAAGACAACCUCACAUCCACCACUCCUGAGUCCGUCAAAUAAACCCACAAACACUCCACCGAUCCUCCCUCCACCUCACAGAAACAUGGAUACCAAAAAGUCAGGCCAGCAGGAUUGGCCAGAAUCCAAGAGACCUGGAAAUCAGAAGACUUGGGCUCUGACCUGGCACUGCUGCUAACUAGCUGUGUAUCCUUGGAAAAAUUAUUUCCCUUCUCCUGGACUUCAAUUUUCUCUUCUGUAAAAUGAAAGGAGUGGAAUAGGUGAUUGUGAAGUUUCUUCCCAGAUUUAAAAAUCUGUGAGCUGUUUCUUCCCCCACUCCCACCCCUUCAGUUUCUAGGACAUUGAAUUGCUUGGUUUGGGAGUUGUUAAAGGAUAUUUUCCCCCUCUCAGAAGCAAACAGCAGACCUAGCAGGCAGCAGCCGGCUGUUCCCCAGUCUAUUUUUGCCUCUAGCUGCAGAUGCUGUACUUGCAACAGCCAUCUCCCUCCAAAUCUCGGAACUGUAUACCCAGCACUUCCCAGGGAGACGUUUCCUAGGGAAGCGAUGGGGAGGUAGCAAUUGAGGUUCUGGAAAUUUUAAGGGUAGGCAGUUCUCCCUACUCCCUCAUUUCCUCUACAUUGACCUGCUUCUUCCAGAGAAACGCCUCCUGCCUCUUCCCUCACUCAUAGUUUCCUCCUUGCUCAAUCCAAGUUCCAGGAUGAAAGAUUAGAAGCCUAGUUCCCCAUGGUCUGUCCAGGGAGUCCCCAACAUUCCUUUGAGUCCCUAGUGUCAGGUAUCAUAAAUCAAAGCAGGUGGGUUAGGGCUGUGAGUGAAUAACCUGCUAGGAGAGGAAAAAAAUCACCUUCCCCAAGCCCACACACAAUAUGACCCUUGACAUAGAAGAAUUUGCUCAGGAGCUCAGUUCUUGCCGAGCUUUAUAAUCAUGGCUGGUUUGGGACUCAAUUUGAACCUAGAAUUCCAAAACCAAAUAUCCUUCCUUUGCCAUAAGGGCAGGACUCUGAGGGAUACCCAAGUCCCAAGCAGCUAGUAAAAGACCUCACCUUCCCAAUCCCAAACCCUUUCAAGCCAGUUUGUGCCUUGUAUGAUUCCAAAUCUUCCCACUCAAUCUUAUAGCAAAAACAAAAACAAACAAAAAAUUGGGUAGAAAGAGAGAACCAACAUUUCUUCUUUGAAUUGAUGCCUAUCCAGGAGAAAAUAACUCCCAAAACACAAAGGGUUCUUUGUGAAAGGCCUCAUCCAAUCAAUUAAUAAAUAUUAAUUAGCACCUACUUGCCAGGCACCGUGCUAGGCCCUGAGGGUACAAAUACAAAUAAGAGAGGGAUGCUUCAGCCUUAGGAAAGGUUUCUCUGAACCCAAAGACCAAGACUUUAACAAACUCUCAACAAAUAAGAGAGCUCUCCCAAUCUCCCCCACAGCCAUACUCCAGGCUAUACCAGGGAUUUGGGCCUUUGAUUAGAGGGAGGCCCUAACUGGAUGGCCUUUGAAGCCUUUAGCUCCAACAUCCUUAGGUACAAAGAUGCCUUUCCCUGAGGGCAUGGCCCAGUGCUAAGGUCUAUACCCUUUGUCAUGACAGGAGUACUGCUGCUUUCUGUAACAUAGCUAGGUCAGGUGGACUUGAUUUCCCUUUUCUUGGCACUGGAUGAAAAGUCCUUGGUGUCCUUGGACUGUAUCAACCUGGGCACCUCUAAAAUAAGGAGAACAGAUGAAGGUGGGCAAGCAUCCCAUCCUUUGGGAAGUCAAGGAUGGGUGGGGGCAAGAGGGUUAACUGUUCUGGUUCCUUUUACCAUGUGAAAUGUCCACCCUGUGGCCCUUCCCUUUGGCAAAAUUCUUGUUCCUCUUAUCCCCUGACUGCUUGCUUGUUUCCCAAACCAUCCCCUGUGCUCCCAGAGGAAUGAGGAUGGCUGGCCAGAGAAUAAAUGCUUAUCUGCAAAGCCAUAACCCAGAAAGCCCAUCUUCUGACCAAGAGGGGAACUUUGCCUGUAUGCUUUGGAAACUGACCCCUGCAGACUCUGUCUUCACUGCAAUGACUGGAUGCCUUUCCCGAAUGUCUUACCCUCUCCCUUGUGAGCUGCAGCUAUGGGCACCUGACUCCAACCGAUCGUAAACAUAUAGGUUGAAUUUGAAAUAUGCUGUUUCAGGAGGCUGCCUCUGCUCCAAGAUCCAGGGGUUGGCAACUAGAAGGCCAGCCCCAGCUGCAGAGGAAGAAGUAUCUAAGUGAACGUCUAGGAUAAAGGCCCAAUAAGCCAGGACCAUUCCCUCCUUAAAGUUCUCUCCAGGAGCCUGGUGAGACAACAGGCAGGAAGAAUUGGAACUGUCCCUAGAGGAGGCACUUGGGUGCAGAAUCUCCUGCCUGCCCAACAGCUAUAAUCUGAGCCAGUGCCCCAGAGCUGUGUGGGCAGUGCCCGUGGGGAACCCUGAAGCCUUUGCAUCUGCCCUGGCAGCAGCCGCUCCUGCCUGCUGCUAUCACUGCAGGCUGUGCAGGGGACCUCCCCAGGAGGACAUUCCCCCUCCCCGAUCCCCACUUCCAGCUUCUGGAGGCCCAUGUUUUGUUGGACAUGUAAAUAGACUUUUGUUCCCUUUGUCGUUUUUUUUUUUUUUUUUUUUUUUGGUUUGGGGCAACUCUUUUAUUCUAUUUUUCAUGUCUUCUUCCAGUCAUGUAAAUGGUUCCUUGUAAUUUUAUGUUUUAAUUUAUAAAUAAAGAAUGCCAUA